UGUCAAUUUGGAUUUCGAUUUGUACUGUCAAUGUCAAUUUGUCAUGUGCAUAUUAUUUGUGAAUUAAAUUUGUGUUAUUUUAAAAUCCGUAUCUUAGUUAUAUUUAAUUAUGAUUCGAAGAUGCUUAAUUCUUCCGCUGAGGAAUGGUAUUACACUCUGCCGUAACAAUUCAACUGCUACUCAGCCUGAACAAGUGGAGUCGACACAAGGAAGCAAUACACCAGCAAAAAAUCCACUUGAUCACCCGGACUACUUUCAAGUUCAUAACCUCUUUACCGUUAAAGAUCUAUUUGAUGCAAGAGUUCAUUUUGGACAUAAAGAAGGAUCACUUAAUGAAUUUAUGACACCUUAUAUUUAUGGUUCCAGACAAGGACAUAUAAUAUUUGAUUUAGAUAUUACUGCAGAACAUUUGCGGAAAGCACUUAAUUUUACAGCCCAUAUUGCAUACAGAGGAGGAAUUGUCUGCUUUUUUAAUAGAAAUGCAUUAAAUGCUCAUUUAGUAGAAAAAACUGCACUGGAAUGUGGUGAAUAUGCUCAUACAAGAUUUUGGAGAGGGGGCAUCUUUACAAAUGCUAAUCACCAGUUUGGUGCAAUUACUAGAUUGCCUGAUCUCUGUAUAUUUUUGAAUACCCAAAAUAAUAUUCUUAAUCAACACACAGCAGUAAGAGAUAGUGCAAAAUUAUUAAUACCUACUAUUGGGAUAGUGGAUUCCAACUGUAAUCCAAAUUUGAUAACUUAUCCUGUUCCUGGGAAUGACGACACUCCAGUAGCUAUUGAGUUAUACUGUAAACUGUUUAAAGCUGCUAUUACAAGAGGGAAAGAAGCAAGGAUGAAAUUUUUGCAAGAGAACAGUUAAAGAUUCUAAUUAUUAUCAAACUUUUACUAUAAACAACAGUUAAACAUAUAGAAUAGGAAAAUAAUUUGUUUUGUAAACAAUAACAUUAGAUAAUAUUCUUAAUUAACAAAGA